GCACACUCUUUGCGAAGAAGACCUACACAUAGCCUAGAGGAUCGACAAGCUGCUGAAGAGGAAGAAGAAGCUGCAAGACUUGAGAAAAAACGAAGAGAUGCCAGAAUUGCGAACAAAGACAUCAGAUGCAAAGAGCUCGUAGCUGCCACUGAAGCGGCUGAUGGCAUGACUUCUGCUGAAUUGCGACGAUGGACAGCAGCGGAUGAUGUUGCGCUGGUUACAGCUGUGACACAUGUACACGAUCUCAAGGCUGCGUAUGGUAGCAUCAAAUUUAGUAGACCGUAUUCCAUGGAAGACAUAGAGGAAAGGUGGUAUCAGCUGAUGUACGAUGAUACACUUUCAAGGCAAGCGAAGAAGCGAAUGAAUGAGUUGCCAGUGGAAGAGAUUCUGAGAAUACAGUCUCGAACUGCUUUCACUGUGCGAGAGGAAGAACUUCUGAGAGGUUUGGACAUAGGCAGUAACUCGUGCCCCGAUAGAGCUAUGAUGGAGGAGCUGAUAAAGAAGUACCCCGAAGAUUUCCAUUCUGCAAGAACUCCACAAUCUCUGCUGGACCAUUGGCAUAUCCUGAACUCGUGAGU